GGGGGGCGGCCCGCGGUGGGGGAGGGUGUUUUGCAGCUCCUGGAAGAGCGGCCCCGUCUCUCUUCCAGACCUUUGUCUGGAUGGGAAGAAAAAGGAUGGAGGAGCAGUGGUGGAAAGGGGAGCUGGCAGCAGACAUCCACCAGAGCCUGAGGAUGAAGGAGCUGAAGUUGCCAGUGUACCAGGCUCAUUCCCCACAGAUUGGGAUGCGCCGCUACUUCAUUGACCUCCUGAGUGUGCUCAGCACCCGCUGCAACCUCUGCCCCACGGCCCGGCACCUCGCCAGCUACUUGUUGGAUCUCUUCAUGGAUCGCUAUGAUAUCACUGUCAAGCAACUGCAUGUGGUUUCAUUUGCCUGUCUUCUCCUAGCAAGUAAAUUUGAAGAAAAAGAAGAUAAAGUUCCAAAGCUGGAGCACUUAAAUAACCUGGCGUGCAUGUGUAAUGUGAGCACGGAAUUGAACAAGAAAGAUUUGCUUAGAAUGGAAAUGCUGCUUUUGGAAAACUUCAACUGGAACCUCUGCCUACCAACACCAGCACACUACAUUGACUACUACCUCUAUGUGUCCAUUGGCGAGAAUGACCUUCACAAUGGCUGGCCCAUCACCUCACUGACCAAAAUCAAAGCUUUUCUGGAGAAAUACGCGUACUAUUUCCUUGAUUUCUCAGUGCAAGAUCACACUUUCCUUCAUUUCCGUCCAUCUCUGACUGCUGCAGCCUGUGUGUGUGCCUCACGGAUCUGUAUGCAGAUUUCUCCUGCCUGGACAGCACAGCUUGAAUUGCUAACAUGUUAUUCCUGGGAACAUCUUGCCCAAUGCAUUGAAAUGAUGCUCAUGUAUUAUGAGAAUGACAUCAAAGAAGCCAGUAACACAAAAAAGCAUGUAACAAUUCAACACCAAGAACAGGAAGUAGCGGGGAAUCUGAGCCAUCAAGCCACGACUCAAGUUCUCUUCCAGCAAUCUAGUUAUCACCCUUUAGCCCAGCAUUCAGCCACACUUUCCCAGUUCCAGCCUCCAGUGCAAGAUCUGUGCUCUGCUUAUCGUGACUCUCUACAGGCCCCCAGGCCCAGCAGCCUGCUUGCUGGGAGUGCUGGCAGCUCACUGCUCUCCCACACAGCUCUCCAGACCAGCCUCUGGCCACCAGCCCAGACUCUGCCCAUCCAAAUGCCCAUUGCUGUGCAGAUGGCCUUAGGAGCAGAGCCCAGACACUGCAUUUCCACGGCUUAUGGCAGUAGUUACUUCAGUGGUCAUCAUUCAUAUGCAGCUGGGUGCUUUGAUGGAUAAAUAUUGACAGAGAAAAAGGUGAUAUGAAUAGAAGUUGAAGAGGAGACCUUGUGUGUGAUACGUGUAUCUGAAUGGAAACUAUGAAGGAACUGAAUCCUUAUGACUUGCUCAUUCAAAGAAUGUUGAUCUGGGUGCCUCUCUGGCAAGGAUUGUACCUUUGGCUCUCACAGAGAGAGAAAUAAUAAUAUACCUUGGUUGAUGUCACUUUAAGAGGCAUCUGCGUAUAAGCCCUGUGCAGAUUACUUCCUUCUAGUCAGUUAGUGACUUGUCAGAGUUGGCUGAGAGCUUGUGUUGAAGAGUUAUUUCAGGCUGGAAUAUUUGUUGAAUUUUUUGCCAAGUAAGAACGUACCUAGAGGAAAACACGGGGUGCUUUCCUUCUCUCCCAGUAACAGGUCACUUGAGCAGUGGCAGCUUAUACUGCUGAAAGCUUCUACUAAAAUGUACUGAAAUUUGUAUCAGUUAAAUGUGAACUUCAUUUAUGCAGAAAUCUAUGGGUAGAACACUUUCUGUUUUCUUUGAGCAGGAGUGAUAGUUCAGGAGUAAGACUUCAGAAUAAAAGGAAAAAGAAGCAGGCCAGAAGACUAAGACUAUCAAAUAAUUUUUUACUUAAAAUUCUCUUGGGAUUUAAAUGUGGUGCUGCUGAACAGAACUCUGCCUUAAAGUAUUUUAGAAACAAAUUCAAAACCUUGAAUCAUCUCUUAGGUCUUUAAUGUUCUGCUGCUUUUGAGACUGGGGAUUAUUGUUAGUAAAAUUGUUCAUGAGCUUUAUCAGGGAUGUAAUGUUACUUGAAGAAAUCCUCUUGGAAAAACUCCUGAAAGGUUCACUGCCUUCUGUUACUUCAUGUUUUGGGUUCAGUGACUUGUGGCAGUAGUUCAAGCUCAGGGCAGAGGAACUGGUGUUAAUGGGUGCAAAGAUAGAGAACUGGUUAAUGUUACUGUGACAUUAGUUUGAUUGCAGCAGUAGACAAUGCUGACUUAGCUUUUUUUAAUACUGUCUGGGCAUUCUCUCAAAGUGUAGCUGGUAAAUUGAAGAUCAUUGCUUUAAAAUGAGACACACCAACUGUCAUAUAUCAAAAGGUUUCUUUUUCAACAGAAACCAGAGAUAAUGGUUCAAAAAACUGUACAGGCUUUUGUUAUGUUAAUGUAGAUAUUUACAAGAAAUGAGCUUCUGCAAAUGCAGAAUUUUAGUUUUGACAUGCAACCACUACUGUAAAUGUGUUAGAAGGCAGUGAGUGCUCUUGGUUUGUCUUUUCUCUAAGGAUCUCAGGACAGCAAUACAAGUAAUGUGCAAUAUGCUUUUACUGACUUGGGGCAGUUUUUUCAAGUCAUGUGUCACAGUGCUGGUUUAAAUUAUAUUUUUUAGAGGAGUGUUUUAAAGGGUGUUUUAGGGUGGAGGGGAAAAAUAAGCCUGCAUGCUAACAUGUGUUAGUGUAACUGUCUUCCGAGACUGCAGCUUUUGGUAUCAAGUUAAUAAUUUCUUCCAUUAUGCAAGUUAGAGCAGUCCUAUUUUUUUAAAAAAUGUAAACUGUAAAUGAAGAGGCAGUACUCCUCAGAAAUUAGUCUAGAAUUUUAGAUAACUUAGUUAAUCUGUUACUCUGUAUGCUUUGUAUUUAUAUUAAACUUUAUUUUUAGAAGACUUCAGUAUAUUUUUUUAUGUCCUUCCACAGAUGUAAGAACAACAUAUAUAUAUGGCAGUACUGCUGUGUGGUUUUUCUUUGGUUUCUAUCUUCCUUAUAAUUUGCAUCAUAUGCAGUGUAUGCUUUGGACCAACAUUGUGCUUAGUUGUGAAAAUACUUGCUAAGUUCCUAAUAAACAAGCACACAUCUUAAGUACUCAUUUUGUUUAAUGGUAUCUCCUUAGCUUUCAGGAGCUAACAAAGAAUAUAUGUCUAUACCUUAAAAAUACUCUGUCUGAGCACUCAAUGUUUUACAGAAAAGUGGUGAGACAAAUGUGAUGGAAUAGCCUUGCCAAAUUCAGGAAUUUGGUUAGUGCACAAGAAUUAAGGUCCUACUCCAAUAAAGUACUGGUGUAUAUGAGCAAGUACAAAGUAGGAUGAGGAGAUGGCCAAAGAAACAGAAAACGUGCAAAGACAAGGUAGGGACAUAAAAUAGUAUCAGAAUAGAUUGUUCCAGCUCAUAUGGCCAGUGUCUUGCAGGUACCAUCUUACCUGAGGAGGUCAAAAAGCUCAAUAGGACAAUACAGUUGUGUGU